AACAGGUCGAGUAAAAUCCUCAAAACUCCAACAACGCUGCAACACCAUGGCCACGAUGUGCGCCAAGGCGAAGGAGCUUCUGAAGGAACUCGGGCGUAGCGAGUGGCUGCCUCCAUACAACGAAGAGGGCAUGCGCCUCGUUGCAGACGAAGUGGGGGUGUUCCACCGGCAGAUUGCAGAUAAGAUCGAGAUGUUUGAUGAUGGCAUCGAGAACCAUCCGUCGCAGCAUUGCGGGCUUGUCGUGAGCCACCAGUGCCUCAUGCGAAACAAGCGGGCGGCGUUGGCGUACAUCAACCACCGCGUGAACAAAAUCAAAGAGCUGCGAUGGCAAACGGGCAGUGUCGUGCCAGACAACUUGGCUCCCGCGCUAUGCGCUCGCGAAAUGCAAUUCUUUCACAGCUACGACCAAGGCCUGAGCAAUUACAUGUCGGCGUUCCAGUUGGACUUGUCGGCGGACUUGCAACCGCCGAAAGAUUUGUACAUUCAAGUGCGCGUGGUCAAAGACUGCGGCGAAAUCUACACGGAAAACGGCCCCGUGCAGCUGCAUGCCAACUCGACGCACUUUCUCCGACGGGCCGACGUCGAAAGUCUCAUUCGCCAAGGCCUGCUCAUACAAAUCAAACACUAACAUGCUCUUCUUGUCCAUCCUGUUUGAUGUUUAACACUAACAUGCUCUUCUUGUCCAUCCUGUUGUGUGUGU